ACUUCCGGUUCGGCGCAGGCUGAGCAAAAGCAGUGAAAAUGACUCGACACGGGAAGAACUGCACCGCCGGAGCCGUGUACACUUACCACGAGAAGAAGAAGGACACCGCCGCUUCUGGUUACGGCACUCAGAGUGUGCGGUUGGGGAAAGACGCCAUCAAAGAUUUCGACUGCUGCUGCCUUUCAUUACAGCCGUGUCGAGACCCUGUGGUGACUGAGGAUGGAUACCUGUAUGAAAGAGAAGCCAUCCUGGAGUACAUCCUCCGACAGAAAACUGAGAUUGCCAAGAAGAUGAAGGCCUAUGAGAAACAGAAGAAAGCUCUGAGGAGUGAGGGUCAGCUGGAGUCAGGGUCAGAGGAGCGAGAGAAGAUCGAGCUGUUCAGGAAUAAAGAGAGCAGCAUUGUCUCCAAACCCAUCAACCCCUUCAUCACAGGUCAGAUUAAAAACACAGCAUCGUCCCCCAGUGGCUCGGUGAGCGCUCUCAGCUCAUCCAGCUCGGCUUCAGCGUCUACAGAAUCCACUUCCUCCUCCAGUCUGCCCAGUUUCUGGAUCCCCAGCCUGACCCCUGAGGCUAAACCCACACUGCUGAAGAAACCUUGUAAGACGGUGAUGUGUCCGAUGUCUGGUCGUCCUCUGAAGAUGAGUGAGCUGAUUUCGGUGCAUUUCACUCCACUGGACCCCAGUCUGGACAGAGUGGCCCUGCUCACACGCCAGGACAGAUAUGUGUGUGCAGUGACCAAAGACAUGCUGGGGAACUCUGUACCCUGUGCAGUGCUCAGACCAUCAGGAUCAGUGGUCACUCUGGAGUGUGUGGAGAAGCUCAUAUGUAAAGAUAUGCUAGACCCAGUGUCUGGAGACAAACUGAAAGAGAGAGACAUCAUAGUCCUGCAGAGAGGUGGGACGGGAUUUGCUGGAUCUGGAGUCAGCCUCUGUGCUAAAGAAGCUCGACCUGUCAUGCAGGCAUGAGAGAGAGAGAGCGAGAGAGGGAGAGCUGCGGGUUUUAAUCCUGUAUGUAACAUCACUGUUUAAUUCUGUUUCCUCUUUCUGUGUUUAGUUUAAAUCCAGUACGGCGUAACAUUAACAUUAAUGCUUUCUCUGAUGGGAUGCGACGGACCUGCAGUGUAAACGAUAAAUAACUGAUGAUGGAAACAGCAGACUGUUUGUUUUUUGGUGGCUAAAUGCAUUACAGACAUGCUUCUCUUUUUUUUUUUUUUUGGUAAAAUAAAUUUUAUUUCCACACAGA